ACAUGUAUUAACGUUGCCUGAUACUGCUUUAAUACUGUUCUAUCCUUGUUCCCUUCAUUGUGAGUACAAUACAAGGGAAUGAACUGAGAGAGAUCAUCAAUCAAUAUUAUAUCAACCAAGUCAUGGAGAUGCAAGAGCAAGUAGCAAUCGUCGUCGGAGCCGGGCCGUCCGGGCUGGCCACCGCGGCCUGCCUGAACCGGCUUUCGAUCCCCAACAUAGUCAUAGAACGAGAAGAUUGUUUCGCUUCGUUGUGGAAGAAGAAAUCUUACGAUCGUCUUCAUCUCCACCUAGCAAAGCAGUUCUGUGAGCUGCCUCACAUGUCACUCCCAACCACUAGUCCCACCUAUGUGUCAAAAAAGGUAUUCAUACAAUAUUUGGACGACUAUGUCACUCAUUUCAACAUUAGUCCUCUGUAUGACAGAUCGGUCGAGUCUGCGAUUUACGACGAAAUUAAUGAAAGAUGGAGUGUUAAGGUCAGGAAUGCGAGUUCCGGUGAGGCGGAGGAAUAUUCCGGCAGGUUUUUGGUGGUGGCCACCGGAGAGACUAGCGACGAAUUUAUCCCGGAGGUGGAAGGUUUGGACAGUUUUACGGGGGAGGUUAUUCACUCAACUCGAUAUAAAUCUGGUGAGAAAUAUGGUAACAAAAAUGUUCUGGUGGUUGGGUCUGGAAAUUCUGGUAUGGAAAUUGCACUUGAUCUGUGUAGUCAUGGUGCCAUGACCUCCGUUGUGGUUCGAAGCCCGCUUCACAUUUUGUCAAGGGGAAUGGUGUAUCUGGGGCUGACGUUGUUGAAAUACAUUCCGUUGGGCACUGUGGACUCCUUGCUGGUUAUGCUUAGCAAGCUAAGGUAUGGAGACCUAACCAAGUAUGGGAUUAGAAGGCCCCAAGAGGGUCCCUUUUUUCUGAAAGUAAAGUACGGAAAAUACCCGGUUAUCGACGUCGGAACGUGCAAGAAGAUCAAGUCUGGCGAAAUUCAGGUGUUGCCAGCAAUAAUAAGAAGCAUACGAGGCAAUGAAGUACUCUUCGAUGAUGGCAAGUCACAUUCAUUUGAUGGGAUUGUUUUCGCUACGGGAUUCAAAAGAUCUACAAAUAAGUGGCUUAAGCAGGGAGACGAUUACCUUCUUGACAAUGAUGGGAUUCCAAAGCCUAGUUUUCCAAACCAUUGGAAGGGGAAAAAGGGUUUAUAUUGUGCUGGAUUAGCAAGAAGAGGAUUGUAUGGAGCUGCCAACGAUGCCCGAAACAUAGCCAACGAUAUCAAAUCCCUACUGUGACUUCCAUAAUAUUAUAUGUUCUAAUGUGCUUUUGUUCAAUUGUAAUUCGUACUGUUACUUGUUAUAUGAAUUUGAAUUUGCAUAAUAAAACAGUAAGGUAGCACUUUGCAGUUUAAUUUAAGAAAA